UGGCGCAUAACGUGUAACUCAACAUUUAUUGAAAACGAAGAAGAAAAUGAGUGCGCGUCCGUUCUGGUUGUGUGGCGUCAUUUCCUUUCCGUCUGCGCUAAGCUCCCAGUGAACACGCGUUCGCCUUUCUUGCUCAAAAUGCGUUACGUUGCUGCUUACCUGCUAUCUGCCCUUGGUGGCAAUGAUAAUCCAGAUGCUAAACACAUCAAGAAGAUCCUGGAAAGUGUUGGUAUUGAGGCUGACGACACUCGCCUAGAGAAGGUCCUGUCUGAGCUCAAGGGCAAGAAAGUGAAUGACGUGAUUGCUGCUGGUAUGGGCAAACUGGCCAGCAUGCCGGCUGGCGGUGCUGUAGCAGUUGCCAGUUCUGCAGCUGUUAGCUCAGGAAAAGCAGCUGCCCCUGCUGCAGCUGAAGAAAAGAAGGAAGAGAAGAAGGAAGAGUCUGAAGAAUCUGAUGAUGACAUGGGAUUCGGUCUUUUUGACUAAGCUCUUUGUAUGGAAUAAAACAUUUGUUUAAAAAAUG